ACAUCUCCCACAUGUCCUCUCCACCCUUCAUCGUGACUCUGUCCUCUGGCCCUUCUUCUUCGGUAGACACUGGUGAGGCGACAUGAUAGCCCUGCCACCUGGAAGAAAAAAGCGAACCCUUUCCAGGCGAUUUGGUGGAGGCCAUUCGGUCGAGAGCAUAAAAAGAAAAUCUAAAGAAAAUGUCCUGCUUGCUCUGGGAUUCAGCAGGAUGUUCACGAAGCAGGGUAUAAAAACGUGCACGGGUUCAGACGAAACGCCAAACAUCCUUGUGUCACGCAACGCGGAAGCAGAAAGACCUUCGGACUUUGGUCGCCAGCGGUCCUAAACAGACCACCCCGCCAUAUCUUCUUGUCACCAUGAUCAGCAAGGUGAUUCUCUGCGGCCUGCUGGCCUAUGCAGCCGGUCAAGCCCUUCAAGGAGAGCUUCCGGCUUCACCAUACAGCUUCAAUCACGACACCACGGACGAGUUCGGCACACGCAUUACCCACGAAGAGACUGGGGACGAGAACAACCACAAGGUCGGCUCCUACAGCUACACCGAUCCAAAUGGCAUCACCCGUACAGUGCGCUACGUGGCUGACGCCGGUGGAUUCCGCGCCACCGUCGAGACCAACGAGCCGGGCACCAAGACUUCGAACCCGGCCGACGCCCCGUUCCUGUCCAACGCUGUCGAGCCGCCUCCAGCCCCGCCAGCACCCAAGCCCGCCGCCGUGGUCGUCAGGCCCGCUCCCAGACCCGUGGUCGUCCACUCCACCCCUGUUUUCCACGCCGCUCCGGUUGUUCAUGCCCAUCCGGUUGUCCACGCUCUUCAUGCCACACCGGUUACGCUGCACGCUGCGCCAGUCGCCCUGCACGCGGCGCCUAUCACCAUUGCUACGGCUCACCACGCACACCCGGUAACCGUGGCCGGUCACCCGAUCGCCAUCGCCCACGCGCCGCUGACGUACACCCUGGGCCGUGCCAAGAGCUAAGUGUCGUCCGCCGGUCCCGCGUGUCUCCUGCUUCCCGCCUACGGGUGUUACGUGGUCACGCUAAGUCCGCUACUGGUUGCGCCAGCCGUCUGUGACGUGAAGAUGGGACGGCGAGGAUUUUGGCUGUGCUUUCUGAUUGUUAUUUCUGGCCUAACGUUGUUGUCUUCUCGGUCCGAGUCACAGUCGAUGUGUACGAAAUGAAUGUGAUCAAGUCACAGUUUAACCUCAUUGUACCUACUUGUACUAGUUCCUGUAAAAUCUUUUUUUUUCUAGUGCGAAUAAGUUUUACCAUACUAAUGUUACGGGCUGUUAAGAUAUUGUGGGUCACAGUGACGCUAAGCACGCACUCUUUCGAAGCCAGGAUAUAAGGUAUAAUGCUUGAUGAGCAGCCAUAUCAGCCGCAGUGUUAUGCAGUAACGAAUAAAUUUAAGAAGAACUUCUUCUUGGGAAUAAAUAUAACUUACACGCAUACAGAUAAAAAAAGCAUGCACUCCAACGCUUUCUUUCGAUUUUUUAUGUUAGUUCGUGCCUGCCUGCUUCUGCGCAAGGUCGUUUAAAACAGUUGUGCGUGGUGCGAGUCGGGGUACUGCCUUUAUGCCUGCUACAAUGUAUUGACACGGCUUAGAUAAAAACCUAAAUUAGGAUACGCUUAUUGUGACACAAUAAAUAAGGCUUGCUAAGUUGCAGAUUUCUUGAACUAUUUUCCUAUGCCUUUUUUUAAUAUUAUUAGUCUGUGUACGGGUUUCGUUUGUGUAAGCUGUAGAUAGCUGUAUUAUCUGUCCUGCGCAGUUUCUUUCAUGUUUGAGACCAUUGCAUACUUACGAACGCUUUAUUCUGAUUGAAGCGCCCGUCUCAUUGUAUCGAGUGUUCAAAUUUUUAGCUUGUAUUAAAAAUUGAUUUUUG